AUGUCGAUCCUCGCUCCCUCCUUGUCCUGCUCGUCUCCCGGCUCACACUCGCGCGAGGCAGAUACGCCGACAUCCACACAUGCUUCGCCCGCCCUGUCGCUCCCCAGCACGCAGCUCAUCAGCGAUUCUACUCUGCUCACCACCUUUGAAUCGUACAACACCUCACAACACCUCGAAGUGCGUGACGAUAACCACAAACCAGGCCUGGCUAACCCUGCAUCACUCGCACUCUCGUCCACCGCUUCAGCUCCCUUGAUACACCACUCCACUCCUCCCAUGUCAAACUGCGACUCAAACAGCUCCACAAACGUCGAUCGCGCUUUCGCCUUUGCCGUUCCAUCCCAUCCUGUGUCAGCUGAAACCGCUCCUCCCUCGGCUGAGCACGGUGUCAGCCCCGUCAUCAACGCUUUCAGAUCCCCUUACCCGCCAAGCCCCACCUAUUUCGUCACAGUAGUACCCCCAGACCACCUUUCCAUCUCCCCGCAAAUCACCCAGCACGAACGCGAUCGUCUGCAACGCGGCUCGCUCCUGCCGCUCUAUCCUACCCUCGGAGGUCAGCUUUGGGCCAUCUCACGCGAAUUUGCUCUACCUUCGCUAGGAGGCUUGAUGCUCUAUCUCGCCCACGACGGACACGGUAACCGAGGCCCACACAUUGGUGACGCAGCUUGGCAAGCACUUUGGGCCAGGUACUUUAGCCAACAUGACCGUCCUUCCACAUCCGUCUACAAGCCGCCAACUGCUUCUGCUCCUAGUCGACGCUCAUCCACCGUAGCGCCCGAUUCAUUCGCCGGCGCAUCCGUCGGUCUCCACUCACACGGCGCCAAUCUCUCGCGUUCUACCCUUGCAGACGGCUCAUCCCAUCGUGUUAGCAUUCCCCAUGUCUCAGCCCGCCCAUCGCCAAGGCUGGAUGCUUCCGCAGAUUGGAGCCCAUUCACACCCAGCGCUGCUUGGUCCGCCCACGGCUCUUCAUCAGCUGGCCGUAUCACCAAACCCCUGACACCUUUUCCGCAGCUGCCCAUCCUCGCACGUAUCGAGUGGCACGUCGACCCGAACAAGGCUUCUUGGUGGCCUGGCUGGAUCGCCUCCCGUAAUGCGAUGCGAGAACGUCCUUCCCACAAGUCCAGAAAAAGUAUGCACCUGGCUGCCAACUUGCCUCAAACCAAAACAGAUGGCCUCGGUGUGCAUGACGCUGACCACGUUGACCACGUGCAAGACGAUCAAGACGAUCACGUCAACAGCCAUGCCACCACUCACAACCUCGAUCCGCAAGUGCCACCAACGUCAAGCAGAGACAUGGACAUGAAGACAAUACAAAUGCCUCCUUUGCACCUUCGAGCGGUCUCACCGGCGCACACUCAUCUUGCAGAGGCUCAGCUUCCCACAUCUCCCCCUGCUGACGCGAUGCCCUCCACCGUUCAGCAAGCCGACAUGCCAGAGUAUCUGCCUUCUCUGCCACUGCCCGAGUCCACUCGGUCGUCGCUAUCUAACCAUGCGUUCCAACAACCUGUCGAGAAGCAAGAGCACGAUCAAAUCGCUCUGUCGGCUCGGCCCACUUCGGGUCGUCGUUCACCCUCGGACGAACCUGUUCGAUCAGCGCGAGCAAGUAUCGUAUCUAUGAGUUCCUACGCAUCCCGAUGUACUGCUUCCGUAUCCCAUGCAGACGUACAUCCAGCUCCAAACGGCGCACCUGACACUGCACCGUCCGCAUCAUCUAUCGCCGCUCCUUCCCGUUCGGCUUCCCUCGAGCCACAUCGUGAUGCUUCCAACCACAGCCGCACCGGAUACUCGGAACUACUCGACGCCAACUACGACGACGAUCAAGUGACUGACAGAGACGCCGAAUACAGCCUAGAGGCUUCGACCGCUGCCCACGAUGCUCCAUAUUCAGCUCUUCCCGACUCUCCUUCUUUUGGGAAUCGCGCAGUCCCAGAACAUCAAGUUGCAUCGGAUCACGAAGAGGACGCCUUCUCGCAACCACGCUUCCCCUUACGUGACAGUUUCAUCGUCGAUGCUGGUGACGAGCUCAUGUGGCGAGACUUGCACCACCACGCCAUGCACCCGAGGCUCGGGACUCAAACACAGCCAGCCGAAGAUGACUCGCCCAACUCCCAGCACCGCGCUGAGCACGCGCAGACCGAGGUGCACCUGCAUGCACUCCACCUUCAGCAGAGUACGGAUCACAAUCUCGCUGCCGAUUCUCAAAGCCGGUCAGGCCUGCAUCGCUGCGCAUCAGAGGCCAUCAAACCGGCUGACAGCGAGGAGCAUCACUACCAGCACUCUGCAACACAUCCUGGCCAUUUCGCCUACAACGUGUACAACAGUCCUCAGUGCUCCAACAUGGCCAGAAUUCAAAGCUGGAUUGGCAAGACACCCACAGGUCGACCAAACUCAUCAGGCGCCUUUGACGAAUACCACUUUGACCGCCUGGAGGAGGACCAGCAACUACAGAUGCCCAACGAAUCGGACAUUGACGAAGUUGUCGAUCUAUGGGCUAGCAGGAUUCGCCAAGACCCUUUUGCUAUUCCACACAUCAGCGCUCCUACUGCAUCUGUAAGCGGCGACGACAACUCCCGAGCUUUGGCCGUGCAACAAGACUCACAUCAAGAGAAGCAGGACCAAGCGAUAGAACCGCGCAAUGGCGAGAGUAGCACCUUGACCACCACACCGGCUCCUGCUUCUUCGCUCCUGAGUCCUAUCCACCUCGACGCUGUUUCCUUCGACGGUGUCAAGCCUCAGCUCGGCAACCUCGCUGUGACGUCUGCCCCGCAACUCCUCAGUCCUACAGCAGUAGCCGGUACAUUCAGCACGCCACGAGCGUCGUCCAGCCAGCGCUCAGUAUCUACCCCCGCCGUGCACCAGCACCCGCCUUCGUCGCCAGCCUCGCUGGUACCCCCUCUCGACCAUAGGCCCAGCAGCGCUAGCCGCCGCAGCUCUGGCGAUCUCAGCGAUACUCUGGAAGAGAUGCAGAAAGCCGUCGAGCUUCUCAGUCCCGCCUGCUUGCCCAACCCGGCUCUCGGCCAGAGCCCUGAUCCUCAUGGCCGAAAGAUGUCCAGCAGGGACAGCCUCGCCUACGCACGCAGCCUCUCGGCUUCCGUGACGCCCAGCCCCAAGUGGUUCGCGCGCGCUAAAGCGACUUCCGCCAAAAGUCGGAGCAAAGUCCGAAGCACGUUUGUUGCAGGUGGCAGUACCUUUGACCGAGGGCUGGUAUCGCCUCGGCCUGCCAGCACAUCGGCCAUGUCCUCGUCACGUUCCCGCUCGCCUGCCUUACAAGCACCACUGAGCGCUUCGCGCUUGAUCGAAUUUGCUCGGCUUCAAACCAAGCCUCGUCUGGCAAGAACCGAGGUUGACGAGGCAGAAUCGACUCGCUCGGGGCACACGGCGCGCACGAUCAGCGACGACCUCACCAAACCUGUCACCGCUCUUGUGACGAUGCCCGAUGCCAGCGUAGCGCCAAGACAUGAUGUCCUGCCUUCACGUCGGUCUCCGUCAGUCGCCGGCGAGACGGUCCAGACCGAACCCGUGACCGCGGCUACUCCCAAAGCUGUGGAGCGAGAGCUGCAUCAGGACGAGCACGACGCGUCGGACGAGUCUGGGGUGCCUGCUUUGUCUCCGGCGCUGGCAUCGGUGAAGUCUGUCGCGUCGUCAGAAUCUGCGAAGAAGGACGAAACGAGGGCGGGAGAGGACUCACUGGCAUCGUCGGCCUUUAUGAGUGACAACGACGAGGACAACAUUGCUCGCAUUCAGCAUUUCUUACGCGGCAAGGUGAUGUCUGGCGCUGCCUCGGACGCCUCGAUUUCUCACGAUCUUUCUUACUCUUUACCAGGUCACCAGGGGUCCAGCGCCGAUGGCACCAUCAUUGAAAGAUCCAUCAGUCUCGAGAGCGAUUUGGCUUAUGCCACACCGAAGCAGCCUGCUGUUCUUGCAGAGGCUUCGAACCGUGUUGCGAAAGAGACCGAUCUGAACGCUACGCAGCCGGAUGCAAACUUGCGCAAAGGGGACUCUCCUAUCAAGACGCGAUGGAGCCAAGCCUCAUACGUCACUGGCGCAUUUUCCUCCCCCCGAGCUUCUGCAUACACGUUGAACUCGAGCAGUCGCAAGGAGGAGUUGCAUCCCGAGGAACGCAGUCCAAGCUUCACAUAUGAUGGUCAUCUUGGCUCUGAGCCCACCACGCUGGACACGCAGCUCAGCAGCGCUGGUGCUAGUGCAGACGUCGAAACUCUGUCGAGAGCCGACCAAGCAGUCAAGUCAUCUGUAUCCACUUCACCAUCGGACGAGGCGUUUUUCAUGUCAAACGGCCCAAUCGGGACCAGUGUUCUGCAACCAGUAGAGCCACGGCCGAAGCAGCAGCACCAGCAGCACCAGCAGCACCAGCAGCAGCAGCAGCCGCUGCCAGCAACGAUGGACGCUUCAGGGCAGAAUGCCGAAACCAAGGGUCAGCAUCAACCAACGUCGACGGACGAGCCAAACAUCGGCGACGCGAUUCAGGACCACGCGCGCCUCGCAUCAGAAUCGACUACGAGGAAUGGUCUGAUCCCUGUGCUGGCUUGCCAAGCCGCCUCAUCGCCAGUGCAUCUCGACCUGUAUCCGGUCCAUAGCCACCAGCUCGCCGGCGCCCACGACGACACGCUGGGCGAAGACGAGAUCCGCACUAUGAACGAAGACACACGUGCAGCUGUCCGCGAAGCUCUCUCGCAGUCGACGGGCACGCACCACAUCAACGUGCUGCCCGGUACUGUACCCAUUUCGUCUUGCGCCGCCGGCGGGUCGUUCUCGCCGAAGAGCUCGGCUUCGCCCACCGCGUCACCUCUGUCGAGCCAUUCUUCGCUCGGCGACCAGUUCCGACGUCGUGGCUCGGCAUCGAGCCUCAAUCUCACCUCGACCGGCGGUGGGAGUGAAAGCAAUGCGUCGUCGCCCAAUCUGUUCAGCAACAAGCGUAGGCCUGCUCGACUCAACGUGGACAUUGAUGGACUGCCUCGUUCGCCUCCCUCGAAUGCAACGUCGGCCAAGAGGCUACCGUCGACAUCGCCGAGGUCGAGGUUCGCACAGCUGCCGCCGAGCCCUUCGCUACAUCCGAGCUACAAGGCUGCCAUGUCGAGCCCGUUGAGUCAGUCGUUCCCGGUGAUGGGCAUGGGUAGUCCGCAGAGCAAGCCCUUCUUGCCCAGCUUGGCAAGCGUCACUUCUUUACAGGGUGAGCUGGCUGGAUAG